AUGCGGCUUGGGCUGUGUGUGGCCGCCCUGGUUCUGAGCUGGAUGCAUCUCGCCUCGGCGGGCAGCCGGGGGAUGAAGGGGAAGAGGCAGAGGCGGAUCAGUGCCGAGGGGAGCCAGGCCUGCGCCAAGGGCUGUGAGCUCUGCUCCGAAGUCAACGGCUGUCUCAAGUGCUCGCCCAAGCUCUUCAUCCUGCUGGAGCGGAACGACAUCCGCCAAGUGGGCGUCUGCCUGCCCUCCUGCCCGCCGGGUUACUUCGAUGCCCGCAACCCCGACAUGAACAAGUGCAUCAAGUGCAGGAUCGAGCACUGCGAGGCAUGCUUCAGCCACAACUUCUGCACCAAGUGCAGAGAGAGCCUGUUCCUGCACAAGGGCCGCUGCUACCGGGCCUGCCCCGAGGGCUCCACCCCGGCCAACGGCACCAUGGAGUGCGGCCACCCCGGACAAUGUGAACUGAGCGAGUGGUCGCCGUGGGGGCUGUGCUCCAAGAGGAAGAAGCUCUGUGGCUUCCGGAGGGGCUCAGAGGAGCGGACGCGGCGGGUGCUGCACGCCCCCGGGGGGGACCACACCUUCUGCUCGGGCACCAAGGAGACUCGGAGGUGCACAGUGCGGAGGACGCCGUGUCCUGAAGGGCAGAAGAGGAGAAAGGGGGGCCAGGGCCAGCGGGACAACGCCAAGAGGAAGUCAAGCCGGAAGGAGAGCAAGGAGGUGGGCAUCGGCUCCCGGAGACGCCAGGGCCCGCAGCAGCAGCCGGACCGAGGGACAAUGGGGACAGUGGGGCCCACCUAG